AUUCAAUCGUAUUUGUGUUCAACACGUGUUUAAAUCAAAUCAUUAUUAUUAUCAAUAUUUUCUAAUUUUCUAUUCAUUUCAAAACAAUUCAUUAAUUUAUUACACAUUCAACUCAUUAUCACAUAUAAUGGCAAAUGAUGUCAACAAACAGGUGUCUGAGUUUAAGGAGCAGAUCAAGAAGGAGGCGGAAGCGCUGGUCCUCAAGACUUUCCCACAAAAGAUACUCGACUUACAGGCCUUACUCACGAGCAGUAAAUUCACGAUCAAGAAGUUGUCGGACAUCUGCACCGAUAUCAACAUUCCAGUGCCCGAACACCCCUUCCUCGACAACAACCACACGGACGCCGCACAG